AUGUAUUACAUGAGAAAUAAUAAGGUUCUUGCGUAUGAUGACCGUGAUUCACUGCCCAACAUUGCUAGCAUUAAAUUUAAUACAUCGGAAGAGCAAGCAAGUUAUUCCUCUAGGAAUGAAACUGGGAAUGAUGAAAAAGUUUCCUCAAUAUAUAUUCAGGAUAAUAAUAAUAAUAAUAAUAAUAAUAAUAGUGGUGGAAAUUAUGAGGGAGGAAAUGGAGAGACGAGGACUGUAUACUCCAUCAAGUGUGUUUUAAUAGUAAUUAUGGUCUCUUUAGUAAUUGUUACUUCUCUAUUACUCACUACAAUAUGGAUUUCUUGUUUUAGUUCGAGUGUUUCAAAAUUUAGUCAGGAUGUAUUAAGGCAACAAAUUGAAAAAGUUGUAAAUUUCACCGAUGAAACCAUUGAUAAGGUUCUAGUUGUUUCAGAUACAACAAAGAAUAUAAUGUGGGAGGAUUUUAAUUAUAACAAUACUGAGAAUGCCUACUCUUUGACAUAUAGGAUUUAUAAGAGUGCAUUUACGUAUUUAUCAACCUUAAUGGUGACUGUUUAUUUUGGAGACACUCUGGGAGGGAAUUUGGGAGUGUUAGUAUUAGGAGGAAAACCAACUCAAAUGUUAAUUAAUGAGACUGGACAAUAUUAUUGGUAUUGUGAUGAUUUUUUAAAUAAGGGAUUUUGUGACUACAAGAAUAAGGAUGUUCCUGAUGUCAUACUGGGACCAUUUGAUAUGUCUAAAAUCAUGGGUGUUGCAAAUAAUUCCCCCAAUAAGCCUCAAUUUUCGAGGUCUUACACUGACCCAACGUUACCUUCUAUAACAUUUAUGAGUUGUGUCAAUUCACAUCCUGACAAUAGCUCAAAACUACCAUAUGAUUGGUAUUUUGGAAUUGAUAUCAGUGUAUCGUCAAUUUCAAAUUACAUUGAAUCAGUCACUGAAGCUAUAAGCGGCUCUGUAGCUUUUGCUAUUGAAAUAGAGACGAAUUAUAUUGUUGUUUCAAGUUUUCCUGAUAUACCAGUUUCUAAAUUCAAUCAAGAUAGAACAGAGACAAGAAUGACUGCCCUAACUUUUGAACAACCCAAGAUACGAUCUGUUUCCAAAUUAAUCUACACUUCUAUGAAUAAUAACUUGAAAUCUCUCAAAUGUGGAGAGUACCAGUUUUUUACAAAUGAAGACAGUGUUAUUUGCAUGAAUAGGUUUUGUAAGGCAGGAGUGGAUUGGCUGCUAGUGCUAAAUGUUCCAAAAUGGGACUAUGUUGGUCAGUUAUUUAUUGCCUUGAUUGUUGGUAUUCUGUCAAGUUUGAUUAUUGCCAUUGUGGGUGCAGUGAUGGGGGUCGUGUCGAGCAUUUCUCUCUUCCGCCCAUUUCAACAAUUGACAACAGUAUUCGAAUCAAUUUCAAACAUGAGACUUGAAGACAUCCAGAUGAGGCCGUCAUCAUUGGCAGAGGUCAACAUUUUACAAAAGCAUUUCCAAACCAUGUUGACAAGGCUGAAAAAUUACAGAGCAUUCCUUCCGCCACAUAUUCUUCAAAAGCUAGAUAUGGAAGUCAAUUUAAGAAAGUCAACAAUAGGAAGAAUGAUCUUGGAAAGACAACACUCUUUGACAUCGACCUCAGGAAGUGUAAAUGGUCAAAUAUCUGUGAUAACAAGAGAUGCAGCAGCUACUACUCCAAAACUAGAACGAUUGUUUUGUCUAGGAUUGGAAAAGAGAAGAGUAACAAGUGGUAUGAUUUAUUUUGAAGGUUUGGAUCACUUCUUGUCAGCUCUUGAUUUUGAUGAGACUGUUUCUGUUCUCAAUGACUGUUUUGUUAUCAUACAGAAAACUGCGCAAGCCACCAAUGGGCAAAUAGGAAGCUUUGAGAAUAAUUACAUAACUAUUACUUGGAAUUCUAUCAUUGAAUCGAGUUCACAUGAAGAGUCAGCAACUUUUUCUGUUUAUCAAAUAUUGAGAAGGUUAAAAGCAACUCGAGAUAAGAAGUGGAAGAAUUCGCAUAUUCAAAAUUUAAAGUUUACAUUUAGAGGCUCGUUACUUUCACAACACUGUGUUUGUGGUAACGUUGGGACUUCUCAAAUUAAGAAUUAUGCAAUAUUUGGAAGUUAUUUACACAAUUUACAGCUGUUGAUUAAGCAUGCAAGCAAAUUGGAAAUUUCUCUCAUUGUUUCAGAGUCAAUUUUUGAAAAGAAUAAGGAUAGUUACAAUUUCAGAUUUGUGGGAGAAAAAAAGCUGCUUGCAGAUGAUGAAGGUAAUUCUCCAAUUAUUUCACCAAAACAAGAUAGAGUAAGUUUUCCAACGAGGUUGUAUCAGGUAGGAGAAACUACCUCUAUGGAAGAUUCUGAAGAAUGGAGACAGUCAAGCAGUGGUCUCAAAGAUUCUUGGGAACACCACAACCAAGCAUGUGCCAAAUUUUUUGAAGGAGACCUUGAUGAAGCAAUUGAUCUAUUUCAGUUCCAUCAGUCUUCCUAUCAAGAGAAGUAUUAUGAAGAGGACAAAGUAGCUCUUUACCUUCUUCAUAAAUGCUUGGAUUUAAAUAAGGUUCUAAACUGA